AUGGGGACGUUGGGCCAGGACGAAAAUGACACGCUCGAUUUCUGGCGGGACUGGGAUCUGAGCAACUUGACCGAGGCCGAGUACCUGAGCAAAGUGCUGGGGCCCAAGUAUCUAUCUCUCAGGCUGGUGAUACCGCUCACGAUCGCCUACGUGGUGAUCUUCAUCACCGGAAUCUUCGGUAAUGUCAGCACAUGCAUAGUCAUCGUCCGGAACUCGUCCAUGCAGACCGCCACCAAUUACUACCUCUUCAGUUUAGCCAUAUCCGACCUUACUCUACUUAUACUGGGUCUCCCCAAUGAGCUGAGCGUGUUCUGGCAGCAAUAUCCGUGGGCCCUGGGCACGGGACUUUGCAAAAUCCGGGCGUAUGUGUCAGAAAUGUCAUCCUACGUGUCGGUUCUCACGAUCGUGGCAUUCUCCAUGGAAAGGUAUUUGGCCAUCUGUUAUCCGUUGCACGUCUAUUCGAUGAGCGGUCUCAAAAGACCGAUACGUUUUAUCCUUGCUGCCUGGUUGAUUGCAAUGAUCUCGGCGAUACCAUUCGCGAUUUAUACCAAGGUCAAUUUCGUCGAAUAUCCGCCAGAAUCGGGAAAUUACUCGGCUGAUUCGGCGAUCUGCGCGAUGCUACUGCCCGACAUGCCAAAACUUCCGCUUUAUGAACUUAGUUGCACCAUAUUCUUUCUGAUACCGAUGCUCGUGAUCCUCGUGGUAUACAUCAGAAUGGGAUUAAAGAUCAAGAGCAGCACCAAUGAAACGCUUGGCCCGAUACAACACGCUUACGUUCACGGCCAUCAGCGACAGGUUCAAUCCAGAAAAUCCAUCAUCAGGAUGUUAAGCGCGGUCGUUAUCAUGUUCUUCCUUUGCUGGGCACCGUUUCACGCCCAGCGUCUGCUUUACAUAUACGCGCGGGAGUCCGAUUAUUACCCGGACCUAAACGAGUGGCUUUAUAUUCUGAGCGGCUGUCUGUAUUACUUUAGCACCACCGUCAAUCCAAUUCUCUACAAUUUAAUGAGCAUGAAAUACCGCCAGGCGUUCAGACAAACAUUAUGCUGCAGAACGGAACGACCGACGAGCGAAAUUUUAAUGGUCAAGGAAUCUCAUCCACGCAGAUGCGAUUCCUCGAAAGAAUCCCACGAACGAAGUGUUAAGUGCUCUGUUAGGCAUAUGACAGCCCGAGCCAAAGAGAUAUUUUGUUUUACAUCGAGCCGACAGGAAACUAUCAAGGAUAGCAGGAGAAAAAAUGGAAAUGCAAGCAAUUUUCCUCAAAAUGCUUACUCGUUACAAAAAGAAGAUUCGUCCUCGACGUUUCUUUUUGAACGAGGGCACCUCCUCGCCCACCAGCAGCCUAGCAAUGAAAGCACAACGUCCACGAAAAGAUCGGAAGAUGCUGUUUCCGUAGCAGUCUAAAAUCAGUCUGUGAUCUAUUUUCAUUCGCUUUUAUUUAGAUACAGUUAUAAAGCGCGUCGCUGUAAAUAAAACUAGACAGUUUGAACUGUCUGAGUUAUAAGCGUCCGUAAAGUUUUACUGUAUUGUAAGUAGACAGGUAGUCUAAAUUUUAUUUUUUUUUUUAUCGAUUAAUAACGCGCCGAAAUUUAUUUUAUACUAUUUAUUUCAGAAUAAAGUUUUACACAUAUUA